AGUUUAAAUAAAGGCUUUAAAUGUUGUUUUUCUUGUUUUAGAGAAACGCAAAUAUAGUCUUUAUUUUGGGAUUUCUAUUAAAAGGAACAGAAAAAGUAUAAUUAUUAUUAUAAAACAACAUUUUCCGCAUUUAUUACAAACAAAAAUAAAAUAAAAAAGAUGGAUAAAUUAAGAUUUGAUUUCGCUGUCAAGACAGCAGCAGAUGGAAAAUCCAAUAUCUUAUGCAUAACCUCAAUAGGUACACCUGAUGGUCGAGUUUUUGAAAUACCAGCCGAAUACCAACCUACAAGUCUACAUAAAGAAAUUACUAAUACCACAAACUUUGUAAAGGUAAAAAAAUCAUUAAAUAAAAGACAUCAAACAAGGAAAAUCUGGAUAACAUUGACAGAUCAAAUGUCAAAAAUAUAUUUAGAUGAAGAACAAAAUUUGCAGUUUAAUGAUUUUUACCUGCAAGAAAUUGUAGAAAAAAUAGAUAAGGUUGAAUCUAUACCUGGCGGUUCAAAUCAAACAUUGGAAAAAUUAUUAGAAAAAAUACUUGAAGGAAAAGAAAAAGAAUCUGAAACUCAAACCUUGGGAAAAAUUGCAAAGGAUUUUAUGAUUGAAAAAUUCACCGGAAGAAACUCAAAUGCCUGCCAAUGGAUUAAAGAUUUUAAUAAAGAAUGUGAACGUUUCCAAAUUAACGAAGACAAGAAAAAAAUCGAAAUAUUAAAGAAUUUUUUGGAAUACUCUGGUGUUGAUUGGUACAGCUGUAUGAUAAUUAAAUAUACAGUAGAAUCAGAAUGGGGCAAAUGGGAGAAAAAUUUUUGUGAGACUUUUGCAAGCAAAGGAUGGUCGCCCAUUCGAUAUGCACUUACUUUUAAAUACCAAGCAGGCUCGCUACUUGAAUAUGCUUUAAAAAAAGAAAAAUUGUUGUUAAAAGUAAGAAAAUCUAUUGAUACUGGGACGCUUAUUGAUCUUAUAGCAUUAGGUUUACCUAAUUAUGUUACUGAUAAAAUUGAUAGAAAAAUUUUACAAACAACGGAAGAUCUCUACAAUGAAAUAGGAAAAUUGGAAUAUCUAAUUGGAAGAAAUAAACAUGAAAAAAAUAUAUGUACAAAUUUGAACCCUAAACAAAAACAAAUUGAAGCAAAACAACCCUGCCAAAUUUGUGUUAAUGAAAAAAGGGGAAAACGUUACCAUCCUGAGGAAAAUUGCUGGUUCCGAGAGAAAAAUAAAAACGCAUUGGUAAAACAUGUAAAUAACUCAGAAUUAGAAAUUGAACUAAAUGAUAAAAAUCCAAAAAACUAAUAACGCCACCAUUAAUAAAAGUAAAGUUACUUUUAAAUGACACUUUAGAAGUUUCUGGAAUUUAUGAUUCAGGUUCAAAUGU